AAAAAAAACUAUUUGCUUGACACUGACACAUUACGACAUAAAAAAAUUAAAACUUUGUUUUUGUUCAAAUGAUUAUUUUAAUUAAAACUGGAAGCUCUAAUUAAUCUAGUAAUAUAAUAUUAACUUUAUAUCUAAUUCUACUGAUUUUAGAAACAAAAUUUUAAUCCUGGACUGCAAAAUUUGUGUACAAGCCAAACCAUAUACUUCAAUAUGUGUGACAUGCUACAAUCUGUGAAAGAACAAAUACUAAACUUGGAAGCCAAUGUGGAAGUAAUCAAAGAGGAUUUUGAGGAGGCAUGUUUUGAAAACAUGCCAGUUGAGAUUAUUUUAAAUAUAUGUUCAUAUUUGGAUCCCUAUUUUCUCAGGAAUACUCUAAGCAAAGUAUGCAGGCGAUUUGCAGACAUAUUAGCAGAUGAUCAUCUAUGGAAACAUUGGGUUCAUAGUAAAAUUAAAGGUUGCUUUCCAGCUUUACUUGAUCUGAAAGUGUUAGAUAAUGACCAGUUGAAUUGGGAAGACGUCUGCAUUGACAUGGAUGUAGAGAGAAGAAAAUGGAGCAAUGUCAAAGAAUGUAUGAGACAUAUUGUAGUGAAAGACGUCCAUUUUGCUUCUGUUGAUACAGUUCUAUUGGUUAAUAAAGGUGAAUAUUGUGUAUCUGGAGGCAGAGAUAGAGGAAUGGCAUUAUGGAAUGUUUUAGACAUCACUCCUCAUGAUAGUAGUGAUAAUACAACAACCUUGUCUGAUGCCAAACCAAAGCAUAUAAGGCACGAUGCCCACGCAGGCUGGGUGUGGGACCUUGCUCCAGAUAAUAUUGACUCUGCAACCAAAAUCUACUCAGCGUCAUGGGACAAUACUGUGAAAGCUUGGGAUUUAGAAGCUGGACUUGAAUGCAUUCUAACUUUCAAGUGUGGCAUGUCAGCGUUAUCAGUUGUAUCUACUGAAAAUGUUGUAAUGGCUGGUUUGUAUUCUAAGAAAAUACUCUCAUUUGACUUACGUACGGGCCCGCAACCGAUAAAUGCUUACAAACCGCACAAGGGUCCUGUAUUGUCUCUACACAGCUACAAGAAUAUGGUGGCAUCUGUGAGCGAGGACAAAACAUUAGCUGUUUGGGAUAAAGUGGCUGGAAAACUUAUUGCUAGUGAUGUUAAAAUACCAACAGAUAAAGGAUACCCAGUUUGUGUUAGCUGGUCCCCAACUGCUUUAUAUGUGGGUGAUUCUAAAGGCACAUUGCAUUUAUUGCAUCCAGAGGACCAUGUUUAUGUUAAAUCACAUGAAAUAUGGCCUGAGCCACCCAUUAUUAAACCCUCCAGCAAGAUAACAAGUUGUUACCAAAGUUCAGGAAAUUUAAUUGCUUCCUCAGACAGAGGUGAAAUAAAAUGUUUCUAUAAUUGUUAUCCACCACAGGAAUAUGCUACUGUGAAAACAAGCACUUUCGACGUUACACAGAUGCGGUACCUAAAUGGUGUAAUGGUGAUUGGGACCUGUGAUUCUGCUCUCGAAUUUUGGAUCCCAAACGAAAGAUACUCUGAUUAAUUCUAAGGAAGAAUCGUAACUACUUAAAUGCAGCUUUUCAAAAAGCUUAAUAAUGUACAUUUUGAGUUGUCAAAGAUUUUUCAUUAUUAUUAUUUUAUACAAACAAUAGUUUAAAUUAUGAGAUAUCUCAAGGCGUAAAUAAUUGACGGUAAUCAGUCAAUCGUAUCAGCUGUAGUAGCAGAUUGGAAUUGAUCUAUAUAAAAAAUUCACGAGCCCUCUUUAUCUAAUUCUCAAAACAGGUAAAAGACACGUAUCUAAUGUGUUGUAAACUUAGAUUUAAUCUAAGGUUGUAAAUUAAUACUUUUGUAGUUUAAGUGAACUUAACAAAACAAUUUACUUUUACUAACGAAUUUCUAAAAUAACUAUUGAGUAAAGAAUAAUUUAUUAUUAUUAUUCGUCUAUUCUCAAAGAAUGUUUGUAUAUUUAUCUUAAUCCUAGGUACUUGCUUUUUAACGCGCAUAUUUACAGAAAGAAGAGAGCAUGGGCUGAAAAAGUGCGAACGAGCGAAUAUGUACGGAAUCAAACCCGGUACCACUCACUAACUACUGAUGCAUAAAUAGUCAUCAAGUUAUUUUUAACAUAAUUAUCUUCAUUCA